CUAAGCGGAGGCGGGCCUCACGGCGUGGUACCUCGAAGUACAAGCGCGUUGACCAGGAAGGGAUGUGUCUCCUGCUGGGGGCUGCGGGCGUCGGGAAGACCCUGCUGGUGAAACGCCUUCAGAAGCUGAGCUCCGGAGAUGGCAAAGGCGACCUGGGAGAGCCUCCGCCCACGCGGCCCACGGUGGGCACCAACCUUACAGACAUUGUGGCCCACAGGAAGAUCACCAUCCGAGAGCUCGGGGGAUGCAUGAGCCCCAUCUGGUCCAGUUACUAUGGAAACUGCCAUUCGCUCUUGUUCAUGAUGGAUGCCUCUAACCCCACCCAGCUCUCUGCGUCCUGCAUGCAGCUCUUGGGCCUCCUUUCUGCAGAAGAACUUGCAAAAGCCUCGGUCCUCAUACUCUUCAAUAAAAUUGACCUACCCUGUUACAUGACCAUGGAGGAAAUAAAGUCAUUGAUCAGGCUUCCAGACAUCAUUGCUUGUGCCAAGCAGAACAUCACCACAGUCGAAAUAAGUGCCAAGAAUGGCACUGGCUUGGCAACAGUGUUGCUCUGGCUCCAGAAUCAACACAGGCACAGCAGUUGACUGAAGGAUGGAGAAGUAUGGCUGGCCCUCCUAGUGCCUAGGAGACAAAUACCUAAGAGCCUGAGGUGUUUGAUUGCAGCAGGCCACCCAGUGUAUCCUGAUGGGUCUGAACAGUGACAGGUGAACAAGCACACACAAACACGGGUCGCGUUUUUGAACAAUGGUCCCAAGACAGAGCACAGACCACAGGUGUCUUCAUGUCUGCUGGACUCUGAAACUGGGCCUGCUGAGGGCUUUGGACUGCACGAAGCCAAAGGCAUGUUUGCAGUAUAGGCUCUGUCCUUGAGUUCCAGAUAUCCUGACCAUGUUGCCCAGAAAAAAAGAAUAGAAAGUUAAUGAAGUUAAUAAGAAUUGUGAGGAGGGCUGGUGAGAUGGCUCAGCAGUUAAGAACACUGACUGUUGUUCUGAAGGUCCUGAGUUCAAAUCCCAGCAACCACAUGGUGGCUCACAACCAUCUGUAAUGGGAUCUGACAACCUCUUCUGGGGUGUCUGAAGACAGCUAGAGUAUACUUACAUAUAACAAUAAAUAAAUCUUUUUAAAAAAAAUUGUGAGGAGCUGGAGAGGUGGCUCAAUGUUAAGAGCACUGACUGCUCUUCCAGAGGUCCUGAGUUAAAAUCCCAGCAACCACAUGGUGGUUAACAACCAUCUGUGUAAUAGGAUCCCAUGCCCUCUUCUGCUACAGUGUGCUUAUAUACAUAAAAUUAAAAAAAAAAAUUUAAA